UUUCUCUCCGGCCCCUCUGGUUCCUCCUCGUUCCUUCUUCCUGUUGAUGAAUCUCUCUCCUCCGUAUGUUGCAAACAAUGUCCCUGGCUUGCUCCGUAGUAGCUCCGUCACCUUGUCGUACAAUUGCGCUCCGUCCAGCGAUAAUUAUACCGGGGACCCGACAGGCGUGCUCUAACACUCGCUGGUCAUCGUAGCGUUCUCCGAGGGUAAACCUAACCCUAGGACCGGACCGCGAUGGGUAGGCGAGGCGACGCGUCGCGAGAAAAGGCGUCGCGCGGCGGCUCGGACGCCGCGUUUCGCGCGGAUGACGAAGAGGAGGAGGAGCGCGUCGUCGAAGUCGACCCCACCGGCCGCUACGGACGCUUCGACCGGGUGCUAGGCAAGGGCGCGUUCAAGACUGUGUACAAGGCGUUUGACGAGGUGGACGGCAUAGAGGUGGCUUGGAAUCAGGUGAAGGUGCGGGACGCGUUCCAGUCCAACGAGGACCUCGAGCGCCUCUAUAGCGAGGUGCACCUGCUCAAGACCCUUCGCCAUAAGAACAUCAUCAAGUUCUUCAACUCGUGGGUGGACGCCAAGACCAAGAACGUCAACUUUAUCACCGAGAUUUUCACCUCUGGCACUCUCAGACAGUACCGCAAGCGGCACAAGCAGUGCGACGUGAAGGCGGUGAAGAGUUGGUCGAGGCAGAUCCUGCGCGGGCUGCUGUACCUGCACUCGCACGACCCACCCAUCGUGCACCGCGACCUCAAGUGCGACAACAUCUUCGUCAACGGCCACCAGGGCGAGGUCAAGAUCGGGGAUCUGGGGCUCGCUGCUAUAUUGCACCAGAGGGACGCCGCACACAGUGUGAUAGGCACGCCGGAGUUCAUGGCGCCGGAGCUGUACGAGGAGGAGUACAACGAGCUGGUGGACAUCUAUGCGUUCGGCAUGUGCGUGCUGGAGAUGGUCACGCUCGAGUACCCGUACAGCGAGUGCAGCAACGCCGCACAGGUCUACAAGAAGGUCACCGCGGGCAAGAAGCCCCUGGCGCUGCAGCGGGUGAAGGACACAGCCCUCCGCGAGUUCAUCGAGCUCUGCCUCGCGUCGGCCUCGCGCCGCCUGCCUGCGCGCGACCUCCUCAACCACCCCUUCCUUGCUGAACCCCACCGCCCCUCCCUCUCGCUCUCCUACUCCUCCUCCUCCUCCUCCUCCUCCCCUACUCUCUCCGCGGCUGUGCCGCCCGCGUUGCCUGCGCUACCAGUACUCCUACCAGCAGCAUCAUCAGCAGCAGGAGCAGGAGCCGCAGGGGCAGGAGCAGCAGCAGCAGCAGCAAUCCGAACCAGUACCAUUGGCAGCAUUAGCAGCAGCAGCAGCGUGUGUGAGACUGCUACCUCCUUGCAUCCUUGCCUCUCUGCACCCUCUCUGCCCGUGGGGGCGCAUGUGGCUGCACAGGGGGGCGCUGGAAUGGGGAAGGGGGGAUCAGGGGGGAAGGAAAGGGUAGGAGGAAGGGAAGGGGGAGGCAGAGGGGCGAUGGGGGGUGCAGGGCCGCGGCGAUCUCCUAUGGUGUCCCCCCGAAAGGGCAAGGGAUCGGUUGGGUUCACUGACCAGGCUCCCAGUUCUUCUCCCCCCUUUGCUGCUGCUACUACUGAUGCUGCUGCUGCUGCGGCUGCGGCUGCUGCUGCUGCUUCUAGUGCUGCUCCUGCUGGCUCGUUGUUUGCUGGCGGCUACGUGCCCGCCGCUUCGUCUGGCACAGCUCCUGCUCUUUCAGCUCUGCGCGGCAGCAGCCGCAGCAUGGAGGGCAUUGCGGUGGGGGGGAAUAGCCGUAGCCAUAGCAGAAGCAGAAAUGAGCCGCCACAGGGGCACAGACGCAAGGGAAGCGAGGGCAGCGAGGGAGCGGCCUCUGCGCUAGGGCAGUGGGAGCAAGAUGCAGGAAUGGGGGAGGAGCGCAGGGUGAUAGGGAGGAUAGGGAGGGUAGGGAGUCCCACAGCAGGGAGGAUCGGGAAUGGGGUGAUGGUUGGGUAUGCAAGAGUGCAAGAGGGGGAGAGUGGCAGCAGGAGCAGCAGCAGGAGCAGCAGCAGGGGUAGAGAGUGGAGGGAUAGCGAGGAGGCAAAGCUGAGGGGUGAUGAAGGGUGGAGAGGGGUGAGUGGGUCUCGGGCCAUGGGGGGAGGAGACUGGGGGAUGGGGGGAGCCCAGGGGACGACGGGGGGGUAUUUCUAUACUAGCAGCGCGGGUGGGAAUGGGAACUUUGGCACCGGGAGCAGCAGCAGCAACACCAGUGGAACCGGAAAUGGUAGCGGCAGUGGCAGGUGGCAGGGUGGGGAGAGACUGGGGCCUGGGGGCGUGUGGGGCUUUCCCCCUAGCAGUAGCACCGGCAGCAGUAGCAGGAGCGGUGGCUUGGGUGUGAGUAUGAGCAAGAGCGUGGGAGGGAGGAUGGGUAUGGGAAGAACCAUGGGAAUGGGCAUGGGCACAAGCACAGGCAGGGGAACGGAUAUGAGCAUAGGCGGUAUGGGCGGAAUGGGCAGUAUGGGCAUGAGUGCGAGUUUGAGUAUGAACCAGCUCCCAACUGACUUGACCAUGCAUAGCCAAGGGUAUGGCUGGAUCAUGGAGACUGGCUACAGGGGUAUGGGCAUGGGCAUGGGCAUGGGGAUGGGCAUGGGCAAGGGGAUGAUUUUGGGGAUGAACGUGGGGAAGGGGAUAAGCAUGGGGAUGGGUAUGGGUAUGGGCAAGGGGAUGGGUAUGGGGAAGGGUGGGAGGGACGUGGGCGGCAGGGAUUGGAGGCAUGCGGGAAACGCCCACCAUGCUCAUGCAUCCAUGGUGCAUUCCCGAUCUAUGAACAUGGACCAUGGCCGUGCCCAUGCCCUUGCGGAUGCCCCUUCCCAUGCCCUUGCGCAUGCCCAUGCUCCUUCCCAUCCUAACACGCUCUCCUUUUCGCAAUGCAACACGCACAUGCAAGCCCAUGGUGGGCAAGAGAAGCACGGCAGCAGCAGCGGCCAGGGCAGCAGCAGCAGUAGCACGUGUGCCCCUGGCACAAGGGGCAUCCGCGAGGGGAGCAACAUCAAUGGAAGCGAUGGGAGCAAUGGGAGGAGUGGGAGCAGUGGGAGAAGUGGCAACCGUGAGAGACACAAGGAAGCCGAUUGGUCAGCCUGUGACCUGGCCUCACCCUCUAGUCGCUCUGCUGCUUCUGCUGCUGCUGUUGCUGCUGCUGCUGCUGCCACUGGUCGUGGUGGUGCUACUGAUGCAGCCACUGGUGCGGCUGCUGCUGCUGGUAGUGUGCAAUAUGGAGAGGUGGGUAUGCUGGAGGUUGGAAGAAUCGGAGAUCCAAAGUGGGAUGAUGAGGGGGACGAGAGGCGCGGAGGAAUCCAGUGGCAUGAGUCCAUGCAUGGGCAGCAGCAGCAGCACCACCACCACCACCACCAGCACCAGCAGCAGCCCCAGCCCCAGCAGCAGCACCAGCAGCAGCAGGAGCAGGAGCAGCAACAGCAACAGCAGGAGCAGCAGCAGCAGCAGCAGCAGCAGCAACAGCAGCAGAAGCAGCUCGUAGACUCUGGCUGUGUGUGCCUGCGGCUGAGGGUGGCGGAUGGCAAAGGCCGCUCGCAGGUGAUUCAGUUUCCCUUCAGCCUGGCCUCGGACUCGCCCUUCAGCGUGGCACGGGAGAUGGUGGACGCCUUUGCUCUACCGGCCUCUGCCGUCGACGCCAUCGCCCACUCCAUUCAGCACCAGCUGCUCGCUCUCCUCCCCCCUGCCGACCUUGCGCCUGCUCAUGCUGGUGACACCAGUGCUGCUGCUGCUGCUGCUGCUGGUGACGUGUUGGCGGUGGCUUCAGCAGCGGCUUGUGCUGCUGAUGCAUCUGCAGAAGCUGGUUGCGCGGAGGCUGUUUCGGCUGAUGAAUCAGCGGAUGCUGCUGCUUUGACUGGUGGUGAUGUCGGUGGUGAUGCUGCUGUGUUUGCCACUGCCCUCUCUCUUGCUGCUGCCUCUACCAGUGCCACUAGCCUGCCCCCUGUGCAAGCUAAUGCUGUCAGUUCUGUCACCACCGCUCCUGCUGUUGCCUCAAUGACUGCUGCAGCUACAGCAGCAGCAGCACAAGCAGCAGAUGCAGACGGAGAAGCAGCACUGGUAGCAGCAUCCGCAGCAGCAGCCGAUGCUCCUUCUGGGCUGCUAUCUCCCAUAUCUGCAGCAGCAGCAGCAGCAGCAGCUGGAGAUACCUCCCUCCCUCAUGACAUCUCUUUUACGCUCGCUCCCACCUCCUUGCCCACACCUCUUAACCUCCCACUACCUCUCUCCACCGCAUCUUCUAAUGCUACCAGCACGUUUGCUUCUGCGAUGGCCUCCCCCCACUCGCCGCUUUUUGAGCCGAACCAAACCUGCACUUAUAACAGUGAUGCUUUGGUAAGUGCCAGUGGUGACGGGGGGUCGGAAAUCGGGGCUUUUGAGCAAGGAACUCGCUUGGUUGUGGGUAGAGGCCAGAGGAACGAAUCUGGCGAUGUGUUUGUGGGAGUGGGAGUGGGGGAGCAUUUGGCAGCACAAGUAGAGGGCGCUAGGGAGGGGGCAGAGGGAGAAGAAAAGGAAAGGAAUGAUAGAGAGGCGAUUGCUAGUAGGGGAGUAACUAGACAGCUAGAUGAGAAGUAUGGGAAGGAGAGAGGCCUAGGAGGUGGGGAAGAGAGCAGGGGGGGGCAGAGGGGAAGGGACAGGGCAGUGAGUGCAGGAGAAGGGGGAAUUUGUGAAGAGCCGGGUCAGUUGGAGCGUGUUGUGCUGGCGGAAUGUGAUAGCAUCGAGGGCCUUUGUGAGUGGAAUGUGCGUGCUUGUAUUGGUGCUGACGGUGGUUACAGGGAGCGUGCUUAUAAGGGGGCAGAGGUUGCGCCGGGAGCCGUUAUUACAGGAGGCCUUGCUGUGGAGCAGGUAGGAGCUGGUGGUACGGGAGAAGGAGGUGUGGACCAGCACGGGGAGAGUUCGAGAUGUGAGGAGAGUGAGGGGAUCGAGGAGAGCAAGGAGGACGGGGGGGAGGAGAGGAGGAGCGGUGGGAGAAAGGGGCUCGAUCAUGGCAAGGGACAUGCAUUGCUGGACUCUGCCCUUGCACCAUCGAGUUAUGCUGAGGAUAGCGACAGGGACAGGGGUAACCCCGCCGCAGCAGCAGCAGGGUCCUGCUCCUCCGCAGCAGUUGCUGCUGGUGCUGCUGGUGCUGCUGGUGCUGCUGCGUCUGUUCCUGAUGCACGUGACCAGGAGUUCCCAUCUGAUCCAAAUUUCUAUCACAACCAUGCCUCUCGCCCUGCUGCUACCCCUGCCCCUGACCCUGCUGCUGCUGAUGGUAAUGCUGCUGCUGUUGUGGAGGGUGGCAGAGUCGCUGCCACUGCCGUUGCCGAAUCCACUGCCGCUGCCACUUCUCACGCCGCAAUCUCCACUGCAAGUGAUCCUUCAGACUUUUCCACCCUUGUGCCUGCAGCUGUAGCACCAGCAGACUACCAACAGCCUAUACUGAGUCUGCCUGUAUUGAGUCAAGAUUUUCUAGACGCUGCCCAGGUUCAAGAGCCCUCUGCUGCGGAUCCAGAGCUCCUGCAGGUGCAUGGAAGGUUCGUCUCCUUCCCAACGCCAGGGGAGGGCACACGAGGCAGCUGCAAUUCCAGCAGCAAUAAUAGCAGCAGCAUCACUGGCAUGGCAAUACUCGAGGCAGAAACAGCAGCAGCGGGAGAAGCGGCUGGCGGGGAAGCAGCAACACCAGCAGCCGCAGCACCUGCACCAGCAGCAGCAGCAGCAGCGGCAGGUGAAGAAGCGCAGUGUGUGGUGGAGGUGGAGUCAGCAGGGGUGCUGGUGGCAGCGCCAUCGCCAGGAGGUGCUGUGAUCAGUGCGGUGCCGGCACCGUUAGUGGGACUCGCUCUCACCUCUGGGGGCUCCCUUGGGGCCAUCAGCCUGGACGUGGCGGCUGGGAUGGCAGGGCUAGGGGGCAUUGGGGGGGGCAUGAGGGAAGUGGGGGAUGGGGGCAUGGCAUCGGGUGCAGUGGAUGCAAUGGCAUUGGCACAUGGUGCUACAGCCGGCUUUGCUAAAGCUGCCGCUGCUGCAGCCACAUGUGCCUCUUCAGCCCUGAACCAUGAAGGCCCGCUUUCCCUGGAAAAGGCUGCUCUUCUAGGGGAGGGACCAGCACACACACCAGGGGCACAUGGUGCAGGGCCGCACUUUUCAGAGCUACUGCCUCUGUCUGCAGUGCAUGCUUCGGGGAUUCACUCCGCAGAGGAAAUCUCAAUACAGCGGCAGCAGGCAGAGGGUGCGUGGACCCCCUUGGGGAAGCAGGAGCGGCGGCGGAGGGCGUUCACAGAGGCACUGUUCAGGAGCCUCACUCUCGGUGUGGAUAGUGCCAGGAAGCUUUGGAGGGGUGGGACUGCUGCUGCUGCUGCUGCCUCUCCUACUGCGCCUUCUCCUGCCGUACCUUCUGCUGCUGCGGCAGCAGUGGCGGCUGCUGCUGCUGUCGCUUCUCCUGUCACUGGCAGGCACAGCAUGAGCCCUUAUGGGGCUUCCUUUGCGGCGCCUGCACGCCUGGGAGAGACUAAGAGGCGCAAUAGCAUUCACGGUACCAGUUACAGCACCUGCAAUGGCACAAGUGGAAGCAACUUCAGCAGCACCAAGAGGAUAGAGGAGGAGCAUCGAGAGUUGUGUGAGCGGCUAUCGCAGUUGACUGAGAGUGUGCAAACGGGUGAGAAGGGUCUUGAAAAUGCGAUGGGUCAAGUGCAAGAGAGGACAGGAGACGCAAGGUUGAAGGAGCACUUGCGUCCAGCUGUGGUACAUGGUUCGCAGGGGUUCGGAGCGGUUACUGAAGUCGCACCUAUGGCGGAUGAUGAUGGUGCCACGGCUGUGGUUGGUUGUGAGGGAAAGGAGAGGAAUGGUUGGGUGGUGCGGGUGCAUGAGAGGAACCGAGGUCAUGUUUUGCAGAUUGGUGCGAAUGAAAGAUUUGUAGGGGGGGAGAACAGGGAACGAGGGGAGUUGAAGAAGGGAAAAGCGGAGGAGAGGGAAAAGAGGAAGGAGGAGGAGGAGAGGAUGAAGGAGGAGGAGAGGAUGAAGGAGGAUGAAGUGAGGGAGACAAGAAUGAGGGAUGAGAAGAGGGAGAAGUGGGAGGAGGAGGAGCGGGAGGAGUGGGUGCGCUGUGAGGCAGCAUUGGUGGUGGAGAUGGAGCGGGAGUUGGAGAGUGUGCGAGAUAAGUACAGGCAGAGGAGGCGGCAACUCCAUGCAGCGUGGAGGGAGAGGAGAGAGGCAAGGGGGCAGAGUGCUUCUUGGCAGUCACACACACACACACACACACACGCACACUGCAGAGUACAACCGAGUCUGUGAAUGAGGCUCAGGGGACAGGUGAUGGCACCGCUUGCAGUAUAGGACCUGUUGAAUGCGCCGAGUUCCGUGUAAGGGUAAACGGGUGUUGGAGGAAGCAGGUGAGGAUUCGAGGGGGAUAUGCUCAAGUGUAUCACCAUGGAUUAUAAAGACGUUGCAAAUAUAUCGUAAGGUAUCGUAAGUUAAUCAU